AAGUUGGGAUGGAGCAGGUUAAAGAAGCUGGAGUGGCAGAAAAAAGUGGGGACACUAUGAUGAAGGCAUCUCAAGAGGAAGUGAAUGCUGAAGAUGAUUCUGUUGUUAUGAACAAACAGGUUGAGGAAACUGCUAAAGGAAAAGUUGAACAAGGAGAAAUUUCAUCUGACGUUGGACAUAAUGUUGAGCAAAUGGACCAAAAUGAAGAAUCUGUGACUUUGAAAGAGGUGUCGGUUGUCAGUCAGGAGAGUGUACAGGAAGAAGUUGACACAAGAGAUCGGUGUGAAAAGACCCAAGAUACUGACCAGAUGUUUGAUUCUGAGGAAGAUUCUGAUGAUGGAAGCAAGAGGAAACGUGUUGAGUCCCAAAAUUCAUUUGGUUUUACCGUCAGCAAUACUGAGACCACCAUCUCCACAGAAGGUCCUGGUCUCCUGGAUGCCUUGAGUCUGAUCCCAGAACUGCAGGAACUGGAUGAGGACACAUUUGCUGAGGACGUGAAGGAGCCCAAGUCCAUCAUGACAGGGCCUGGUUCACAGACUCCUGAAAGAGUCGCCUCCCCUGAAAUUGUUGCGCUUACGCAGGGAAGUUUUUCCUCCAUUAGUGCCUUACUACGAAGUGAGUUCUCUUUGGCGUCUGUAUCCACCGCAACACCUCCACCAUCGCCAAUGAACUUUCUGCGUAUUCGGGAUCCUGUUUCACCGCUACCUCCAUCCCCAACAGGGCUUCUGGACGACCCCCCUCCUGUUAAAAUAGGAAAAUCAAAAAGAAAGACUUUAAGGAAAACCAAAAAUAGACCUGAGACCCCACCUACUCCUGAUGGUGCCAGGUUUACCAAAAUAACGCCAUUGGAUGAAGCAGUGUCUUCCAUGACUUCAGGGACGCAUAGACGGGUAGCACGGCUAGCUCGGCCUCAAGCAGACUUGCCAAACUUCGGUGCUGAUCUAUCUUCGACAACUGUGAGGCCAAAGGCUGUGUACUCCAAGCCUGGAACUGCUGGUCAGGUCGAUGCCUCUUUCUUCCCAGCAGUGAGAUCUGCAGAGAUAUCUUUAGCUAAACAGCAAUUGGCCAAAAGGCAGGAAAACAAGGAGAAGAAGGAGCAAGAGAAGAAAACAAGAAAACGGAAAAGUCUGGAAUCGGAUGCUGCUCCUGAGAAAAAACAGGUAAUGAAGACCCAGACCCAGAACCUUCCACCAGCUUCAGUUACAGGGGCAGAAAGGGCCCUAGAGAACUAUCUCCAGUCAACAGAUGCCACACCAGCUUCCUUCUGCGAAAGUGUCAUCGGCAAACAGUUCACGACAGAUGUUGCCAUGGAGAUCUUCAGGGCUGUUGUCAAGACCUGGUUAAUAGUUAUGUCUGCUCAGACGAGCUGCAGGCGAGUGACCAGCUCCCUCUGGUGUACGCAGCAUGCAUCGCAGGCUCUGACGUACAGGGGCCGUUCAUGACAGACACAGAGACACGCAUACUUGAGCUCAUCACAGCUGUACUGGAGAAGUAUACGCAGGAGUGCCCACGCUACCAGCUGAUGGAGCUGCUGUGGAACUCCAUCUUCCUGCCGUGUGUCACACUCCCCGGACGUCUGGCUCUCU